GCACCACCACGGCUCAGCAGAAAAAGCGCCUUUUUAUAAGCCACCGAGAGUGCUGGGCAUCUGGAUGAGCAAAAAGUGCUCCUAACCGCUGAGCCAUGUCUCCCACCCCUUGGUUCUAAUCUUCACACACCCACCAAAUAGUUUCCCUUGUUUUUAAUAUGAAAUCUCUUAGUCUUUUCUCUUCAAAGAUACACCACCAAUUGCCGGAUCUGAUGAGGAGAUUACCGACGUGCACCACCACGCCCAUGCCAGACACCUGUCGGUGCCUCGCCAUUCCGUGCAGGCGUUACUGGAGACCAGUAACCAAGAAGCGCCCAUACUUCCGGCCAAGAGAAUGGUGGGAAGCAGAGCUCAGAGAGAAACCAGAGGCCUCUGUUGCCCAGGAGGUAGCGCGCGCAAAACUCCACAGAGCAGCUUCCGGCCAGGGCCUCGUCGCCGUGGAGACGGUGGGGCGGGGGCGCCGGGGCUGGGGGGGAAAGCCCUGGCCGCUGGCCUUCGCUGCAACCUCUUCCCGGCGUCCUCUGAGGAGUCGGCUCCGUCAGUUAUAAGAGGAAGAUAGAAGACUUUGGUUCUCAAUUAUCUGAUCACAGAGAAUCAUACCAACCAGUGGUUGACUUUCCAUCAAAAGGGUUCAGCAGAGAAUGGAGAAGAAAACUGUCUCCAGGUCUUUUAGGGAUGGUGUGGUUAAGAAACCUUGUUCCCCUAAGGCACUGCCUCUCAACAAGUCUGCCUUCUCUGGGGUCCAGAGGGAGUUACCUCGAAGCUGUCAUUCCUCCUCUCAGGCCUCACACAAUUGGGCUAGACGCCGAUUAAGAGAAUUGCGAAGCAGAUGUGUGGCCAGAAAGUUCUUGUAUUUGUGGAUUCGAAUGACAUUUGGAAGAGUAACUCCCUCUAGAGCCAGGUUUUUCCAUGAGCAGAGAAUACUACAGAAAGUCUUUGGAGAAUGGAGGGAAGAAUGGUGGGUCUCCCAGAGGGAGUGGAAACUCUGCAUGCGAGCUGACUGUCACUACAGAUACUACUUGUACAACCUGAUGUUCCAGAGCUGGAAGACCUUUGUGCACCAGCAACAGGAGAUGAAGAGGAGGCUCCACAGAGCUAAGCAUCAUGAUACAAAGCAGAAGAUGCGCCAAGCCUGGAAGUCCUGGUUGAUAUACGUUGUUGCUUGUAGGACCAAACGUCAAAUGCAGAACACUGCUCUAGAAUUUAGGCGACGGAGUGUCUUAUGUUUCUGGUGGAGCAAGUGGAUGUGGCGACUAGGACAAGCCCAUGCAGACCAUGCUCUUCACGCAGCGGCUGUGAAGCACAGGGCCCUGAGCCUCCAGCUGCAGGCUUGGUCACAAUGGCAAGAACAGCUCCUACAUAGCCGGCAGGAAAGAUGGAAGAUGGUCAUUGCUGUGCAACACCAUCAGCGCUGGCAGAAGCAGAGAUCUUUGAAGGCUUGGCUUCAAUACCUCCACAUCUGUAGGGUGAAGAGAUGGCAGAACGGUGAGUAGGAACCCUCGGUUCCC